AUGAAUGAAUUUUCUCCCAUACUUUUGGCUUCUAUUCCUGUUCUUUCUGGGAACAAUUACAAAAGGUGGGUAGAGGACCUAGAAAUUAAUCUGGGACUGCUUGAGCUUGAUGUGGCUCUUCGAGAAUCAAAACCUGUGGAUCUGACAUAUGCGAGUACUAAUGCUGAGAAAACUAAGAUGGAAAAGUGGGUGACAGCUAAUUGGAAGUGCAUUCUAGUAAUGAAGAAACCCAUUCCUGAGUUGCUGCGUGAAAGUGUUGAAAUGAAAAGUACUGCCACAAAGUUUCUGAAUGAGAUAAAGGCUGUUUUUGAGGUGCAUCAGAAGGCUGAGAAAGGGGAUCUGAUGAAUCAGAUUACGUCGGCUGUAUUCGAUGGUAAUGAUAGUGUCAGAGAACAUUUACUGAAGAUGGCUUCCACCGCAAACAAGUUGAAGGAUCUUGGGAUGCCCAUAGAAGAAGAACUUUUGAUGCACCUUGCACUUAAAUCUCUCCCAAAUGCGUAUGCGAAUAUAAAAUCUACAAACGCUGCGCAAAAGGACAAAUGGACCAUGAAAGAACUGAUACCUAUCUGUGCAUAA